GGUAAGCAUUCAUUGGUUUAUAUAUGAGACGUCAUUUCAAUCGUUUGACGGAGUUGCGCAAAAUAAUAUUUUUUGACUCUCAUUCACUCACUUCGGCUGCCAUGUUUUUUUCAUGUGGAGUGGUGUGUGUAUUGAACUAACAUGUUGAAUUAAGCCCAUACAAAACGACACAGAAGGGGUGCACAAAGUGCGUCAUUUGUUGAUAGCUAGUGACAAUGCGAUUGCUCAUUUAGAUCGAAAUUGACAAAAGGUUGCCUUUAUAUAAAUACGAAACACUAGCAAAGAAUAGGCCAAAGAUAUUAAACAUGUAUUAAAUUGACGAAAGAAGAAGAUCGAUUAUAAAAAAAACGGCCCACGGCAAUUGUAUAAUGGACCCUCGAUUUUUGAAUAUAAUAAUGGAUAUUGAUAGCGGAAGAAAGUAUCCAAUGCAGAAUGCGUAAGCAUAAAAGAGAGAGCCAGGCGGACGCCUGCUGGCCUGCCACAUCUAGAGAACUGCAACAAACUCCAAACUCUAUCAUCUGAUACCCACACACUUCAUACAGAGGAUAUGCAGUGCUCAGUUAUGUUGGGAAGAGAUCAUAACAGUGGAAACAUAAAAAUGAAGACAUUUAGCAAUUAUAAGAACCCUUAUAAGAAGGAACCUAACCUUGACAUCAUAGUUGAUCAGUUGUGUACAAGACUGCAAGACAUCAAAGAUAAAGAAAGUACAUCACAAGUAGGCAUGCCCACGUGUUCUAUUGAACAAGCUGAGGCCGUACGUCGUUAUUACGCUGCAUUUCCUGCUCUAAAGAAAGGACAAGAAUCGCCAUUGCAAUAUUAUAUACCACCUCCGCCCCCGGCUUGGUGUCGUAGAGCAGAAGUGGAUAUCAAGGUCAAGAUGCAAUGCGAAUUGACAGUUUCUAAAGAGCAGAAUAUCAAAAACAAGAAAUUGCCUACCGGCAAGGAGCGUCGUAAUUCAUACCACGGCCAAAAGAAGAAUAACAGGAAACGUUGCAACAGCUACAGUAGGUCCUUUGAAAGCAAAGAGAGUCUGCCUGAGUGGGUAACACACGAAGGAGUUUGGGAUAUGGAGGCGCAAGAUCCCGUCAAGGAAUUCAUUAGAGCGAUAGCUUUGGACGAAGGUUACGGUACGUGCGAGAAUACGGUGACCGAUGAAAUCAAGGAGAUCACCGAGAUCAAGAUCAGAAUGAACGAUAACACCGUGCCCGACUUGGACGACAGCUUGGAUUUCGACGCCGAAUGGGUGAUCAAGGAGGAUUAUACUAAUCCAAAGGAGAUAACUCCGAUAGAGGAGGAGCUGUAUGCGAGAUUCGAAGCUAAAUUCGAUCGCAGCAUCGAGGCCCUUUGGUCCAAAGAUCAGAACACCCCGGACGACGAGUUCCAAGAGCUCCCGAUCGACUUCCAAGAUCUUCUGUCGUCCCCCUCGGAUCACGCGUUCGCCGAUCCGUCCGUCGAAAAGUGCAGUCUGAUAUCUCUCGCCGAAAGCAUCUGGUCUAAUGAAGCCGCAGACGGCCUCCGCGCCGACCGCGCCGACUCUCCGUCGAGAAUCGUCGAGGUGCUGCACGAUCGCUUCAAGCCGCUUAAUCUAGCCGACGCAGCGGAGCCGCCGCCCCCGCCGCCGCCGCCGCAGAGCGAACUAGAAUCGUUCGCGCUGUACGAGGGCGACGAGAUAUACGACGCGCUGUCCACCGUGGCGAACACGAUGCGCUCGUUCACCGCGCUCAACCACAGCCGCGAGUUCAGCGGGUUCGCGGAGGUGCCGCCCCGCCGCCCCGCAGCGGCCCGCGCCCCGCCGCCCCGCCGCCCCGCACCGGCCCGCGCCCCGCCGCCCGCCGCCUCGCCCCCGCGCGACUCCCGCGAGGACCUGCUCACGUCCACCCGCACUCACUUCAAGCCGAUCCGCCGCGAAGCCGACACCGAGACCGCAAAGUACGCCGACGGCGACACGUUCGACAUCCGCGGCGACCUCGACCAGGUCGAGUUUUUCAGGAGCGAGUCCGGCGGCGUCUACUCGAAGAGCUCGCUCGAGCGGUACCUCGAGUACCGCAGCUCGAAGAGCAUCGACUACGGCCGGCUGAAUUUGACCGAGUCGCAGCGCUGCCCGGAUCUCGACGACCCCGGUUUCAGGUUGCGGUUUCCGGUGAGGCAGAUCGACGCGGCCGUUCAGACGGACCGGCCGCCGGACGCGUGGGGGGCCUGCGAGGAGUGCGGACGGGCGGCGAAGAAGAUGCGCUCGAACGCGAUCGACGCGGACGGGAUAUGGGGCGAGGCGUGCGGGACGUGCGCGCCCGCGUUGAGCGUGACGUCACGGUUGCCGCCGCCGGAGGAGAUGUCGCGCGAGUGGGAGGAGCUGCUGUCGGACAUAAGCGCGGCGCACGCCAUGUACGCGGACAAGGAGGAGUCGCCGGGGGACCGCAAGCGGCGGCACAGCGCGGCGCUGCGGUGCGCGGCCGCCUGCCCGCACCCGCACGCGCGGUUCCUGCACUGCUGCGCGGUGGACCGCCCGCUCACCCGCUAG